AUGACGCUGAGGGAGGAGAUCACCAAGCGAAAGGCUCGACUCAUGGCUAAGGGAUACACGCAAAUACCUGGACUUGACUCCGACCAGACGUAUGCCUCAGUUGCUCGCCUCGAGUCAAUGAGGAUGACAGCUGCCGUCAUUGCAUGCAAGCGUCUCAGUCCAUGGCAGAUUGACUAUGUUGCCACGUAUCUCAACAGUGACAACAAGUUCGAAGUGUAUAUGGAGCAACCCUGGCCGUUUGUAGGAGUGUACGACUGGGAGGACAAACUGUCAAGAACCUACAAGGGACUUGGAUACUAUCAAUCCCGUGCAGACCCCUGCGUUCGGCACCACCUCAUCAAUGGCCAGUACACCCUCACAUGCAUGUACACAGACGACAUCCUUGGAGGCUCAUCAUCCAUCCAGGAGAAGGAGAAGGCCAUUGGAGAGAUGGAGGAAUGCUACGAGGUGAAGAGGAUUGAGGGAACUGGGGGAGCAAAAGUCAUACUUGGGAUGGCAAUGACUCAGGACAACAAAAUGGGGGCAAUUACACUCUCCCAACAGAUCUUCACUGAGCGCAUGCUUGAACGCUUUGGGAUGUCAGACUGCAACGCGAAAUCAACACCGCUCCCCUGUGGAAUCGAGCUCUUGGAGCUCAAUGCCCCCCGCACAGAAGACAACACACUCUUUAUGAAGGACAAGCCAUACCGAGAGGCGUUAGGGUGCAUCAUGUGGCUACAAGCACUCCAGCACGUACUCGCAUAUGUCAAGGGCACACUUCACUACAAAAUCACCUAUGACCCAAACUCCCCUGAUGGCCUCAAUGUCUCUGGACAUUCAGACUCAGACUAUGCCAGCGAUCCUGACACGAUGCGCUCUACUGGCGGGUACAUCUUUGCCAUGGCAGGUGGACCAGUCGCAUGGAGCUCAAAGCGACAGGCAACCACUGCUUCCUCUACAACAGAGGCGGAGUACAUGGCACUGAACCGUGCCUGCCAACAAGCAGUGUGGAUGCAAGAAUGGAUGAGUGAGGCAGGCCUGGAACAAACAUUACCUGCAAAGAUCUACAGCGGCAACAAAGGCUCCAUCGACCUGGCGAAAAAUGUGAAGGGCAUCACAAAAGUGAAGCACAUCCACGUGAAGCACCACUACAUUUGUGAACAGGUCAACGAAGGUGAUGUGGAGGUCAUCAGGAUUCCAACAGAGUCAAAUAUCGCAGAUAUCUUGACAAAGCCAUUACCGUGA